AUCAGUAUCACUUGAGCGGCCAACGAGGAUAAACGGGACACUUCAGACAGCAUCAGCUCAAUCACAGCGAUGGGGAAGGAAUAUGAAAAUAUGGAAAAUCCUAUUAAAGUGAUUUCUCUGUUCUUCUUCUGCAUGACGUUUCUCCUCGGAGUUCCAGGGAAUGUCUUUGUUGUGCACAUUGCUGGAAUGAAGAUGAAGAGGACCGUUAAUACGAUUUGGUUUCUCAAUCUGGCGAUUGCAGAUCUCCUGUGCUGCUUUUCCAUACCGUUCAGGGCGGCAGACGUUCUUCUAGACAAUCGCUGGCCAUUUGGAUCUGCCAUGUGCAAGAUUCUCCCCCUUUUAAUGUUUGUCAACAUGUUUGCCAGUGUCUUCAUCUUGUGCUUGAUUAGUCUGGAUCGGUUUACCCAGGUGAUCACACCAGUUUGGGCUAAAAAUCAUCGCAGUCUGUUGCUUGCGCGACUGUCCUGUGUAGUGGCCUGGAUCCUGGCUAUAGCUCUCAGUGUGCCCUUUAUUAUAUUUAGAGAAACUGAAACAGUAAAUGAAACAAUGUACUGCCUACUUUUUAAUGAUAAUAACUCUGAAACAUUUGGCAUGUUACGUAUCAUCAGGUUUGUGUUUGUUUUUUUGAUACCUCUCAUUUGCAUCACGACAUGUUAUGGAAUCAUUGCCCGAAAGUUAGGCCGGAGUCAUUUUCACACUGGACGAGCGUUUCGCAUCAUGACGGCUGUUAUUGUGGCAUUUUUUCUGUGCUGGCUGCCGUACCACAUUGUCAUUUUGAUCCGAAAAAAUGGUGUUACAGAAAGUGACAGUGUGGCUGAGAGACUUGUUCCAUUGGUCAUCUCUUUGGCGUAUUUCAACAGCUGUCUGAACCCGGUUCUGUAUGUUUUCUUGGGGCAGAAUUUUAAGGAGAAGCUUAAGCUUUCUCUAAGACAUAUUUUUGAAAGAGCUUUCUCUGAGGACGGGACACAAUUGCCACAAUCCACCGAAGCACAACAAAUGCACUCAUUGUAG